UCUAACUGCAUUUUGUGUUACAAAUUACUUAUGUUUUUGUUGGAUGCGCGGCGCUUCUGAACUUUUCAAUGAAUGAUUUGAUAUUCUCUGGAACUAGCUGCGGGGACGUCGCAUUGUGACAAGAGGCUUUUCUUGGACAGUAUAAUUGCCAAGAAGAGUGUUGAUAGCAGUCUGUUCCACGUUUAAAAUAUUGCUCAACGGUGUGUGUUUUAACAGCUUUCGAUGCAUUCACCAAUAUUCCUGGCAAACCCAACUCAAACGUUUUUACUGAUAGUUGGGGUUAUCUUAGCUCGCCGCUCCACCUAUAUAUUGCAUUCAAGGUGGCGGCAGUAUCAACAAAAAUGGCGGUGAGAGGCCGUUGUGUUUGUUUGGUUUCAAGUCUAAUUUUUAAUAAUGAUAAAACUUAAUUCAAACAUCACAGCCGCAGUUGGACUAAGUAGCUGUCGUUCCAUAUUCUUAUGAUGGCAUCAGUGUUCAAAGGCAGGCGUGUGACAGAUCCUGUCCCUGUGGUCAGAGGACCCACAUCCCCCACACAGUAUGAUACAUCCCUGGGAGAUCUUGAGAAGGCGUGGGAUAAAAUGGGAAAGACUAAAACUGCACUGCGUCGCGUGGAGCACAGACUGGAUGAUGCUGCUCGUUACAAGUUCCAGGAGCCAGAGUCCCUGAACAUUUCUGACAGCAGUGUCACAGUUGACAGAGUCCCCAGCUUCCGUAUUGAAGACAGAGGAAGACCUGUAACUACUCGAUUGGACAAUUUUGGUAGAACUGAAGAGAUGCGAAAACGUACCAGUCGAAAAGUCAGUCGUUUAGAAGACAAAUACACUGAAGAACCAGAGCAUGCUUACAGAGCCAGGAGUCCAAUAGACUCGAGAACAUUCUCCUAUGCAGCAGCAAACAGGGAGGGACAGCCCAGAACAAAGAGCCCUAAACGAGUGGGCUUCAGCAACAGAAAUGAAUACAGAAGCAUAGAGAACAGAGAUGCAAUAUUGACCUCUUACAGUGACAGAAUACAUGGCCUUGAUGGCCUAGCUUCAAGGUCAGGGUCAAGUGAUCCCUUAAGGUCAGGAAUAUAUGACUCAUCAAGGUCAUCAGGUUUUGAUCGGCCAAGUUUGUCCAGUGAAGGUAUUGGCAAUGUUACUGACCCUAGGGCCUUGAGAGAAACAGAAGUGAGGUUUUUGAAUGAUCACAUAACAGACAGCAGGAGGGUUGAACCUGAGAUGUCAGACUUCAGGAGAUACUCUGGAAGCACCAGGCAAACCUACGUUAAUGUGACUGUGCCUGGAUCAACAUAUUCAAGACCGACUAAUAGUAUAUACACUACAGACACAAUGAGGACUUUUGAGACUGGUGGGAGUCACCCCAGAGUUGACUAUGGCAGGACACAGACUGCUGUAGAUGGCACUGGUGUUCCUCCUCUGAGAACCCAAACCACAGCUGCUGUUGGGGACCCUCUUGGGCGGGACCACAUACCUGGAGCAUAUACGCGACCCUAUGAAGGGUUAGACAGGGCAUCACAGGGUUACAGCACACGUACCCCUGGGGAAGGAGUCACCCCUGGGCUGGGUCAAAGUAAAGACACUGAUACCAGCAGAAGUGAGACCAGUGGGGACGCCAAACUGCAGUCACUUAGGAAAAACCUCAAAUCAGCAAGUAGAAACUCUGAGGGCCUGGCCAAGCUGAGGGAGAAAGUUAUGCAGCAAAGGCUGAAAGCAUCUGACAAGGUAGGCGACAUAUUCAGCCAAGGUCAGGGUCUACAGAAACCCCCAGACGCACCGCGCCCACUGGCCCCCAACACCAGUCUUAACAGGGAGACAGCACCUGAAGAGGUCAGAGGUCAUCCUAGACUGCCUAUAGGCGGCAGCACAUAUACUACCAGGUCUGAUGGUACUGGUAAAUUGUUCACAAAGGACACGAGUAUUGAUCAGAGUUUAGACAGUUUGUUGGGAUCGAGGCAACUCCACACAGAUGAAAAAACUGUGCAACCAAAGACGUAUGAUAUUUAUGCUGCAGAGAAGCAGCCUAUGGUGAGGAAAGUGGCCGCAGGGCCGCCUGGACCUACGUACAGAGGUUUUAAUGAAGCUGAGACUAAGAUAAGAACACCUGAAGGUAAAGUGGUCCGUGUCUCACAGUCAAGGAGGAAGAUGAGGGAGAAAAAAAUUAGCAAAGAAUCCAAAGUUGCCAAAGAAUCUAAAAAAGAAGCCAACAAGAAGUCCAGUACUAAACCUGCGAGGGUCAUUUCUCAUCACAAACGUCCUUCGAAAUAUGAAAGGAAGGACAUCAUUACAACUAGAUCUUGGAGAGAGGGACAGAAGUUAGUGUUGAAGGAACUAGGACCUAAUAAACUGCCCAAAAUGUCACUGUCUCCACCAACUAAGGACACGGAGCCCUCAUCAGAAGUGACUCCAGUACCGCAGAAGCCAGAUCCUGUUCAGGCGACAGCUGACGUGCCGGAAGCAGACCAAGCAGACACUGAUGUCUCUGAUAAUGAAGACUUCAAGGACAGUCUGGAACCCUCCAGGGCAAAGGGACUCUCUGAACAGGCCAAACAUGUAUUAGCUGAUCUGAAAUCUGAAUCUGAGGAUGAAGAAGAUAAAGCUGAUAGAGAGGAAAGACAGGCAGACAGCCCUCAUAAAGAAAAAGUGGGAAAGGGUAGAAUGAAGAGAAAACUGACAAAACCAGAGCCUGAGACCAAGUUUCCUGCAGCCAAGGUACGUCACUAUGACACUGACGAGGUGAGACGUUUUAUUGCCAAACAGAAAGCAGACAGGAAGAAAAAAUCACAGGAGGAGAAGAAACACCAGAAAGAGCAGCAGGAAAUGAAGAAGAAGCAGCUGGAGGAUCUUUACAAGAAGCAGAAGAAGAGUGCACGGCCCAUAAGACCAAACAGAGUUGAUCGCCACAGGGUCCUUGACGAGACUUUCUCCAAGGGUCAAAGUGUGGGUGACCUUCCCAGGAGACAUCCUUUCCAUGAUGAUUCUAGAAAAGUGAGCACAGGCUCGGACAAGGAAAACAGAGAGCACAGGGACUCUGACGAAGACAAUCUGUCCAGCAGUGAUGCCUCCACCAUUACCAGAGAUGGUCUAGAGGGCAAACAGAGCCACAGAGAUGAUCAGCCUCAGUCCCAGGCCCUCAGUGAGGUGCUGUCGUCAACGUCUGAGUUGACCACAGAUAUCGAUAUGUCUGAACAGUUGCCUGCCAGAAUGACAGAUUUCCCCACUGCAGAGGCCAGUUUUAAACCAGUUCAGGGUCAAGGAUAUCAGGCCUCUUCUUUGCCGUACCAACCCACAGUGCCUGUCUCUGCUACUGCUGCCACCUAUAGGACAAAUGCAGCCAGUAGUCUAGCAGAAGCUUAUAGUGCUGGUUACGCCUCAGUCAGUCAACCAAAGACCAAACAAGAGAGGAUCAGUGCACUGAAGGAGAUGUCCAUGGCUUUACAGAGCAGACUGCACGCAGAGACCAGAAGACUGAUCCAGACAUCUCCAGAGAUAGCAGCAGCCUCAAAGCCUCAUAUCCCAACUGCCUCAGACCAGUACUGGGCAUAUCCACGCUACAGAGAUCUAGACGUGAUGAGCACGGAGAGUGAGGGCACAGAGGAGUUUAUGACCAGACAUGACAGGCUCACUGGGGGUAGACAGAACUACUCUGUGUUCACAGGAGACUUGCCAGGUGUUGGUAGUUUAUCUGAUCACGCUAUGAGAGUUGAGGAUGAGAAAAACCAGGCAGCAGCAGCAACUAAGAUCCAGGCAGCCUACAGGGGGCACACUGUGCGCCAGGGCCUGUCUUGGAGACUGCCAUCUGGUGGCACUUUGGGAAGCAGGCUGAAACAAAAAGAAACAACAAAACCUAAGAUCUUGGAUGACUCCUCAGAUACCAGCUCCCUGCUGACUGACACCACUUUGACAGAAUCAGAAGGUUUUGGAGAGAAAGCACCCAAGAUAGGGGCAGGGUUGAGAGAGACAGGAUACUGUAUCAGGGACUUAGGAGGUGGACCCGACCCUAGGCCAGAGUUUGCAGUGACAGAGCCUUAUGAAGGGCCGUUUGAGAAGAAGAGACUGGCAUGGGAUGAGCCGCCUUAUGACCCCUACAGUGUCCUCAGUAUAUAUACUAGGCAGUAUCAGGACAGAGCCAAGGUCAGCACUGGGGUGGGGACGUCAGAGUUUUCCCCUCAGAGGCAACCCUCGCCCCCUGUCCACUCCUCCCCAUCCCCUGUCUAUGAUGAUGAUUUCACCCACACUACCCCCUCUAUCCGAAGUCACAAAGAAGAGUCGCAUAGAAGUCAAGGCACGGCUUACAGUGGGUUGCAAAGAAGUGCAGGAUCUGGCUCACACAAAAGUGGAACAUCAUUGAGAUCUGGGAAAACGGGAAGUUACCAAGAUGAGAGUAAUCGUACAAGGUCUAAAAGGCGAACAAGAAGUCCUUACAGGGUUAUAAUGCGCGGCAAAUAUAAAUACUACCUUCCCAAGGACCGGUGGUAUUAUCGCAGGAAUGAAGAAAAUCUAUCACCUGGAGAGAGAGACGAUAAGAGGGAAGAAGACACGUUGGGGGAUUCCCUCACACAGUCACUUGAAAGUGAUGAGGAUGUCAGAGAGAGUCCGCCCAGUCCUAAGCCAGUCCAGUCCCUCUCCCUUGUCCCUAGUAACCGUAGUCGAGUGGACGACUCUCUGGACUCGGACUUGUCUAGUCUGGGGGACGAGGAGACGAGAAGGGACCCUUUAUCUCUGGCCUCUAAGCUGACGGCAGGAUCUCCCAGGUCGUAUCCCCCUGCAGAGACCAGGCUGGCACCUGAUAUGCUAGAACGCCGCAUGACGGCCGAGCUCAACUUGUUGGAUGGGAUGGAGGAGUCCCUACGCCACCUGACUGAUGUGGAGCGAGCCAGAGGGAUCUCCAUGACACAGCAAGAAACCGUUUCUCUGGCACAGAUUCUGAAGGGUCGUCAACAAACUCACAACCAAGACAUGAAAGAUCUCCACAUGAAAUUGCAACAAGAGCGCCUGGAGUCUACAAGACAACUAGAAGAGGCUCAGAGGCGAGCAGCCGAGGCCAGUCGAGAGGCUGCACGCGCCAUUGCUGAGGUUCGUGGCGAUGCUGCGACCAAGAUUCAAGACUCCACACAUAGGUUGCUGGAGACACAGGCAGAGGCGGCCAAGGCCACGGCUGAGGCAGCACGCCAGCUGGCAGGGGUGGCCUCAGUGUCCCAGUCAGCCACAGCCCAGGCCCUGGAUUCUAACAGAAUAGCCAGUGAUGUGGCGACAGCAGCAGCCUCAGCAGCAGUUACAGCAGCCCUGGACCAGCAGAGACAACAACAGAUGGACUUUUGGAGACAGGCCCGACAGUACACCUAUGACAGAAGCACCCAGGUGUCAGCGGCUUACUCUGCAGGGAGCAGGACCAGAAGUCCGCCUACAGCCAGCUAUAGUCCCGUCAGCAGGACCCGGAGCCCUCCCACCGCCAGCUACGGGGGAGACAGCUUUGAGAGUGGCAGCAAGUCUGAGACUGAGGCCAAAACCAAAUCUGGAAGUGAGAGUGCUUCAAGCAUAAGGACGGCCAGUGACCUGUCAGACCCCGGCAGGAGAGGGGCCUCUCAGGACACUGAUUCUCCAAUACUGACAGCCAGUGAUGCUAAACCCCGCCACCAGGAGGAGUCUGACCAAGACAAGACCCUGACAGAGAGCAUAGUGGAGGAUCUUCACAGUGACAAGACUGAGAGUGUUACAGAGGAAAUCCCCAGUGAUAAAGACUACUCUAUGAAGUUUGACGAGUCCAUGACAGAAGAUGAGAUUGAGGACCAGUCAUUUAGAGCUUUGCUGCCCUCAGAGACCCACAGACGUAAGGCCAAGAAAGAGGAAUACAGGGUGUCAGAUCACGGGUCCUUGUCCUCUGAAGAAAUGCAGAUCUCUGGUGUGCUGAGUGUGUCAGAGCUACAUGCUCCAUUCCAUGGUGAAGACUCUUUCAGUAAGUUCACAGCUGAGAUGGUCCGGCAGUACAUGAAGGAGGAAGAAAUGAGAGCUAAACAUCAGGGGGCCUUAUUCCGUCUGCGUGAGAAAGCGUUGGAGGAGAAGAUGAAGGCGGAGCUGGCGUGGCUGGACCAGCAGAAGAAGCAGCUGAGAGAUAAAGGAUCGGAUGAUGCCUAUCCGCAGAUUGUCAAGAAACAGAGAGGGCUGAUUAUGAAGUAUAAGAAAGAACAGGCUGAGAUCAAGAGACUACAGGAAGCUAAUAGAAUCGCCAGUCGUGAGCGCCAGUUGCUUCUCCAGCAGCACCAGGAGAUCGCGCGUCUCCGCCAGUCGGCCCAGCAGGUCAAAUCCAAGCUGAAGGACAGCAAGGGGGAUGGGAUCGAAACAACACACAGUGAGGACGAGACUGGGCACAAAGACAGCUUACAGUUACCAGAGGAGUUUCUUCAGAGCCACCUGUCCAGGCAGGAGUCCAAGUCAGACACAGAGGUCUAUGUGGAUAGUGGUCAGUUGUCCAGUCGCCGUUCACCGUCACCCUCAUCACGACCAGAUGCCAGAGUGAUGAAGGAGUUGAAAAAGUUACAUUUGGAUGAAAGGCACCUGACAGUGCGUGAGGUAAAGCUCCAACAGCGCCGAAGACAUGCAGAGGAGCUCCUGGCAUGGAAGAAACGUCUUGACCAAGAGGAGAGGGAGAUCAAAAAGAUGGAACAACAGGCCGUAGAGGUCAGACUGGACGAUGCUGACCGCAGGAGGAAGGGCAAGAAAGGGAAGGAGAAAGAAGGGAAAAGGGAAAAAGACAAGCCCCAGGAGAAAUCUCACUCCAUUUCUGAAAACCUCCCUCCAUCCACCGGAAGUCCAGUUCUGGACGGGUCAAGGCUGGACGGGUCACGUCAAGGAGCCAGUGGUAGCGAGAGCUCCAUAGCGGAGGACGUCCCAUCCCCAGUGCACACAGCCAGCAAAACUGGUAGCUCCAUUGCUGAAGAUAUCCAGACACCCUCUGUCUCUGAUGCCAAGAGCAAAGGCCACAACAGAAGUGAAAGUGAAAGUUCCAUACAGGAAGAGGUACUCAGUGAGGUCAAAGGUGAAGUCAAGGUCAAGGGUGAAGGUCACAGAAGAAGUGGAAGUGAGAGCUCUGUUCCAGAAGAGGUUCCUUCGCAUGCCAGUAGCAUAGCUGAAGAGGUCCACACAGAGACUCCAAGAAAACAGAAAUCAUCGUACUCCAGCGAUGAUACCACUCACAACGGCUCAGCUAAUGGUGAAUACUCCAAUGACACUUUUGAGUCCACGGAUACUGGAAAGAAGGAGGUAUCUCGCGCCAGCAAGUUGUCCAAGGCAAUCUCUAAAGAAGGAAAUCUUUCACUGAAGUCUCCACGAUCUCCGCGCUCACCUUUUGCCAAUCGUCGUAAAAGUUCUGAGACAAGCGAGUCUGAAGAAUCUUUCUCAUAUGCUCAAUCAGAGACAGCCUCAGACCAGAGUGAUGUGGAGGGGAGAAUUCGAGCUCUGGCGGAAGACCUGAAGAGACGCAAAAUUGAAGCUGAACGGCUAAAACGUGAACAGAAGAAGAGACACAAGGAGAGACUGAGGGCUCAGGAGGCAUCCCUGAAGAAACAAAUAGAGGCCUACGACAAUGUAAUUGUCCAAAUAAAACAGGACCUGACCAAGGAACUAGAACUAGAACCAGUCAAGGGGUCCGUCAAACCUCAGAUCAAACAACCCAGAGUUGCAGAAAAGAAAACAUUGCACAAGCACGAAGAUGUGCCACAGCCUGAGACUGUGAAGCAGAGGAGUGAAUCUAGAGAGAGCUCCAUCGCCGAGGAGGGGAAAGAAGGCGGAGAACCCGGCACCCCAGUUACCGCACAAUCACCAAGGCUAUCACCCUCUCCUCAGCUUGAUGAUACUCUUAAAUACCAAUCUCCUCUGCGUUCUGAAGCCUCGACCCCAACACGACCCUCAUCAUUGCCCAAGUUCUUGCCAGAUACCCUACGUCUUCAGCGUAGCCCCACACGUGAAGAAUCAAAAUCCAAAGCUGAAGAAAGGUCAAGGUCAAUCUCAGAAGAGUUGGCAAAGUCUGGAUCAGAAAUAAGUGAGGAAAUAGGGGAAGACAUUUUCUCCCCUAGAAGUGAAGCAUCAGAAAAGUCUUCUGGAGAUAUGAUUCUUAAGUUUGAUGGUGUUGGAGGAGGAAGUGUUGCUGAACAAAUCUAUGAGAGGUCAAGGUCAGUGAAGGACACUGCGAGGUCAAAGUCACAGGAUGGAACCAAAAAGUCAGAGACUGAGGAGUAUGACUAUGGGGAGGACUUCACCAAGGCAACAGAGGAGCAGACUGAGGUGCAAAAAUCUCUCAAGUCUGUGGAGUCAGAAAUACAAGAAGACAUUGAAAGUGAAGCUGAUUUGAACAGUCAGAAAUCAGACGCAUCAACACACAGUCAAAGGUCAGUGAAGAGUCAGCAUUCGGCUGCUUCCUCACACAGUCAAAAGUCUUGGAGGAGUCAGAGGUCAGAGUCAUCAGUUAGAAGUAGAAAAUCAGAUGUAAGCCACAAGUCUGAAGUUUCUGAGAGGAGCAAGAGAUCAGAAGUCUCGAAGGCUGAUAGUGAAAGGUCAAAGGGCACUAGGUCGAGGUCAGCCAGCGAGGCUUCUGAAGCCAGCUAUUCAGAUGACUUCUCAUCUUCCUCAGAGAAAAAAUUUGUGAAAUCUGACAUUUCUAGAGCCAGCUCGCGGCAUUCUCAGAGGUCUGUCCAACAAGAUGAGAAGACUGCCAGCGUUGGCGAAAGCAUCCAUAGCGAGGAUGAGGUCAGCGAACGUUUAUCAGUGCAGAGUCAGGACAGUGAGCAGUCGGGACAGAUGCUGGAUUUGUCACGCACCAAGGGGGCUGUAGAGGAUGAAGAUCGCACGCCAGUUCAGUCACCCUCAUGGCUGGUCCAUGAAGAACCUAGGAUACUGGACACCAGCACCCCCCUUGCAGAGCCUCUCACACGGUUUAGCAUAGGGGACAGGGUAUUGAUAGACAGCUCCAAACCAGGGAGACUUUUGUACAAAGGCACCACAUUAUUUUCAGAUGGGAUUAUGGCAGGUGUGGAGCUGGAUACAGCAGAAGGAGAGGGGGAUGGGACAAAAAAUGGUGUCCAUUACUUUGACUGUAAACCAAUGCAUGGGGUGUUUGUGACUGCAGAUAGAUGUCAGCACCUUCCAGCAGAAUUUGAAGUAAAAGCAAGACAGGACAAAGAAGAUAUUGAGGAGGAGGAGGCUCCCAGUGAACACACUGUCACAGAAGAAGUUCCCCCUGAGGAGCCACCAAAAUCACCAGAAUAUUCAGAUGAUUUUGAUGGGUCAGAGGUUGCAGGUGAGGGUCAAAAGUCCCGAAGUGAGGGCCGGGAGUUGAGAGGUGAAGGUCAGGAAGCAAUUUCUGUUAAAAGUGAGGAGAAAGAGGAAUCUAUUCAGGAAGAGGUGUCCGUUGCCACAGAUAGUGAGCUGGAGCGGGUAAUUAGCUCUGCUGCACAAGCUGUUGAACAGUUUGAAGAAACAUCCCCAAGAGAUGUGGAUGAACAUGUUUUGUCAUCAACUGCUGUGACGCCUAGAGAUUCUGUCCCAGAGGAUACCAGACAACAGGGGGCAGCACCAGCCAGAAACCUUGACACUGUAGUGGAUAAAAUAACAGAUAGUCUUACUGCAAUGAUUAUCAAGGAUUCUGUGACUGUUAUUGGAAAAAUAGCAGAGAAGCAGGGCUACAGUACACAGGGUAGAAAUGAUUCCAAGGAAAUUGUGGAAAAGGAGUCCGAGGGAAAAGAGAAACCACACACGCCAUUCUUGGAUCUGCUAACAAAAGAACAGGAACAGUUUGAUGAGAGUGUCGAAGACUUUGAGGAAGAUUUCCAGAGAGAGCUACAGGCCUCUCCCGAGACCCCUGCAGUUCUACCUGCUCAGAAAGCCGACAUUGUGCCACAGUUGCCCAAACCCAGUGAAGAUAGUGCCAAAACUUCAGAAAAGGACAUCACCACCAAUACAGUCCUCAACGACUUGCUCAAUGAUGCCAUCUCAGAUAUGCUCAGCAUACGAAGGAAACAAACUGAAAAAUUUGCAGCUGAGACUCAAACUGAACAGUCCUCUUUAAAGCCAGAUACCCCUGAAGAUCUCCCCAAAACCCCGGUGACCCCAGAUCCAGAGAGUCCAGUGGCCGUGGACAAGCUGACCCCAGACGUUGACCUUACAGAUGAGGACUUGUUCUCAAGGGUCACCAUCAGAGAGAGGGAGGAGUUGCAAGCAGACACCCCACUUCCUGCCAGACCAGUGUCACCAGUCUUUGGAGGAAGUCAGCAUGGCAUAUCUGCUCUGGAUUUGCUGGGACUGGAGGAGUUUGGAGGCAACGAGUGGAUGGAUGACGACUUUGGGCUUAGUCUUCAGAGACAGAUACCAGACAAGCCACCUCCUCCCUACCCAGGUACUGCCAUGGAGCUAGCACCAAAGCAAGAGUACUCAAAGUUGGAUCUCCAAAAAUUGACAGAAGAGCUGUUUUAUGCCGUCCCCCAUAAAAAAGAGGAGGUGAUCAAAUUAACGUGGAAUGCAGUCGAUGCUUUCUGGGCUGCCAGGCGCUAUGGAGAGCCGUUUGACUCUGUGAUGCCCCCUGGUGAUUAUUUUACAUCUGAGGACAGAGGGCAAGAUAUAGAGGCUACAAGUAGGAGAGUUUACAAAAAGAUGAUAUUUGAACUUGUUGGUGAUUUAAUCAAAGACAUUUAUGCAGAUGAGGAGGAUUUGACACCCGAACCUUGGGAAAAGCCACGGAAAAUUCAGCACCGCUAUUACAAGGGCAAGGCACCGCCAACUACAUGUGAUCACUUGAAGGAAGUGGUGGAGCACCACGUGUUAAACUUAACAGGUCUUUCCAAAAGACCUAAGAUGGAUGAGAAGACUGUUAAACUAGGAGGCCGCAAGAAGAAGGAUUUGGUAGACUUGAUAUUAGUCCAAGAGUUACGAGAAGAAGAACCUUCAUGGGUAAAUUACGAUGACGAUGAAUUAGCUGUGAAAUUUCAGCUUGCUGAUGCCAUAUUUGACUCUUUGCUUGUGGAAACUGGUAAAGUUUUUACAGAUGCUUUACAGAGAUAUGAAAGCAGGACAAACUCAUCAAAUUGAUUGUGGGUGUUAUCCAUUUUGCCUAGAUUAAAAUGUUUUUAAAGGGAAAGGGGGUGAAAAAAAGCGAGCCUUUUUGUAUCUUUAUAUUUGCCUUAAAUUGACAUGAAUUGCUUGAUACAUUUAUACAGCAAUGUGCAGCUUAACCUGAUAUCAGAGUAGAAAGACUUCUUUACUGUUAUUAUUUUCAUCUCAGUCGUAAUUAGAAAAAUUCCUUAUGACUUUUGUGUCAGAUAAUUGUGUACCUUUUCAAAACUGAUUAACUAGUAGAAAUACUUAACAUCAUCAGUUGGAAAUAUGAAAUAAUAGCAGUAGUCCAAUGGAAUGGAAGUACAGCUUAGCCUAUUAAGCAGAAGAGAAUUAUGUAUUUGUAUUGAAUGAAAGUAGAUAAAGCAGGUACUUUUUAAGAUUCAGAAAGUGUAUUCAGGCAUGUGUUAUGAAACUUGUACACAGUGUUUAUAUGGUAUGUAAAUAUAUAUAAAUGCAGAUGUCCAGUUCAUUUGUGAUAUGCUUGUAAAUAGUCAACUGAUCUCAGAUAAUUGGAAUAGAAAUCACAUUUCACAAGUUAUCACCCGGAGUGAAUGUGGAUUGGUUGGAUGUGAUUUAUAUUAUUGAGCAAACA